GGUUUUUUUUGGUUUUUUGUUGAAGGUAUUCAAGAAAGAACAAAAUGGUUUUAGUUCAAGAUUUGUUGCACCCAUCUGCUGCCACCGAGGCCAAGCAACACAAGCUUAAGACAUUGGUUCAAGGUCCAAGAUCCUACUUCAUGGAUGUUAAGUGUCCAGGUUGUUUGAACAUCACCACUGUUUUCUCUCACGCACAAACAGCUGUCACCUGUGACUCCUGUGCCACUGUUCUCACCACCCCAACUGGUGGUAAGGCCAAGUUGACCGAGGGUUCAUCUUUCAGAAGAAAAUAAACAAGUAUAGUUGUUAUUUGAAACAAUUUAUCAUUAAUUGACUAGAAGAAACUGGCUGGUUUUGUGGGAGAUAUCUGUACAAUUUGGUAUUUCUAGAAUGCAUUUACGAAAG